AUGAGAAGCGUGUCAUUGCUAUUGCUCACAUUUAUUUGCACGAUUGUCCAAUGUGCUCUAACAAAUGAGCAAUUGCUCAAAACAGUUCAAAAUUCCAAACACAAGUUAUUAACUUUAAAUGACGAAAACUAUGAAAGUAUCUUAAAAGGUCCUAGAGAUUACCACGUCGUGGCACUUUUAACUUCACAGUCGCCCCAAAUCAAUUGUGUAUUGUGUCACCAGAUUACGCCAGAGUUGGAAAUUGUUGCUGAUUCAUGGGUCAAGGAUCAUCCAAAGGGAAUAAAAAUUGAGCAAGAAGAAGAAGAAGGGGAAUCAAACAAGAAAAUAGUAGCCAAGAACAUCUACUUUUUCAAAUCGGAGUUUGCCGAGUCUAAGAAGUUGUUUUCCCUUUUCGAAUUAAACACCAUUCCCAAAAUUUUCCAUUUCAAACCAACUAAAGCACCGGGACCAAAGAAUUUCUUGCAUGAGAAACAAGAAUACCAAUUUUUCCAAGGUGAUCACAAGUCAUUGAUGCUAAAUUGGGUACAGGAUGUAACAGGGCAGAAAAUAAACUUGUAUGUUCCUAUUGACAACACAAAGCUAAUCAUUCAUGCCAUUAUUGGAUUCGUUUCGGUAUUUUUAUUAAAGAGAUAUCGUACAUAUGUCGGUAAAGCACUCACAUCCAAACUUUCAUGGUGCAUUGUUUCAUUAAUUACCGUGUUACUAUUCACUACCGGAUACAUGUUUAACCAAAUUAGGGGAAGUCCUUAUGUACUUGAACAUGCUGAUGGUAAAACUGAUUAUUUCGCUCCUGGCCAGCAAACGCAAUUUGGUAUUGAAACACAAAUUAUGUCAUUCUUGUAUGGAAUCUUGAGUAUUUUGGUUAUUAUCUUGAUUAAACGUGCACCAGAGAUAAAAAACGAUUCAAUUUCAUUGAUAUUGGUCUCCGUGGUGAGUUUGUUGAUCUUUGUGUUGUUUAGUUUGGUUUUGUCGAUAUUUGGAUUGAAGGGUAUGGGGUUCCCAUAUAGAUUUAUUAGAUUUUUUUAA